AUGCCUCCACACCUCCAUCCUCGCUCCACAGCGACAAGCACUCUCUUCGCAGGUACACUGCUAGCAUCUUUCGUUGUGGUGGGCAUUCCACACCUGUUUCCAUGCCCUAGACCCCGAACAGGCUACGCGGAUACUGAAAUCCAAUUCGAUGAUGAAGGAAGACCAGUUCGACGACGGACAGGAAAACGGAAUACGCCGGAGGAUUCGUCAAUAUCAUCAGGGGGCCAAGAACAAGUAUAUCACGGCACAGAAUGGCUGCAAGCCAGAUCCGGCCGAAUAGGUAGAAACCUGGUUGAGUCGAAGAACCUUGAGGACGAAGCCGAGUUGUUCCGCGAGUUACAACGCGAAGCAGAGGCAUUGGAGAAAAAUGCAAGAGAAUGUCCUGUUCCAAAACCAAAAGGAAUGGUUGGACGCCUGUUGGGAUUUGAAGAGAAGAGACCAGAGUUCGGAGAUGAGAAAAGCUGA